AUGAAGCUGCUGAUCUUUGCGCUCGUGGCUGCCGUGUCCGCUGCCCCACAGGGUUAUAACCUGCCCAUGCCCUCGAACUGUGGCGGUGGAAAAGUGCGACACGUGGAUGGCAGAUGCGUCACGCCUCAAGUAAGCGACCGCGUGUUCCUGUAUGACGCCCCUUCAAAUGAAGUUUCAGUCAGCCCGCCAUUGUACGUUCCGAGGCCUAAAGUGGAACGCAAUAUUGUCUUCGUGAGGCUUCCCGACGCUGCUCAAGGACCCGAACCCAUCGUCAUCCCUCCUCCGAGGCAAAAACACGUCCUGUUCGUCCUUAACAAGCAGUCGGAACAGCGUCAGAAGGUGAUCGAAGUUCCAGCGCCACCCCCACCCAACCCCGAGGUGUUCUUUGUGAACUACGCAGAAGGAGAGAACCCAACUCUCCCCAUCGGAGUCGACCUCCAGACGGCGCUAAAUUCAGCUUCUCAAGGCGGAGGCCAAGUUGAACAGUAA